GGCCCCGAAGUUGUUGGGCGCUAGGCCGGCUGGCGGGAGGGCGAGCGGGCUGCGGGCCGGCGGGCGGACCGGGCCGGGGCUGGAGAAGUUUGCGCGGCGGCUUGUGAGCGCAGGGUGCGGGCCCGGCCGGCCGCUGCGCGCCCGCUGCCAUGGCUUUCCGCAGGAGGACGAAAAGUUACCCACUCUUCAGCCAGGAGUUCGUCAUCCACAACCAUGCGGACAUCGGCUUCUGCCUGGUGCUCUGCGUCCUCAUAGGGCUUAUGUUCGAGGUCACUGCCAAGACUGCCUUCCUAUUUAUUUUACCUCAGUAUAACGUUAGUGUGCCUACAGCAGACAGCGAGACCGUGCACUACCACUACGGGCCGAAGGACCUGGUCACAAUCUUGUUCUACAUCUUCAUCACCGUCAUCUUGCACGCUCUGGUUCAGGAGUACAUUGUAGAUAGACUCAGCAAACGGCUUCAUCUCUCUAAGGUCAAACACAGCAAGUUCAACGAAUCUGGACAGCUGGUUGUCUUUUAUCUCAGCUCGGUGAUAUGGUGCUUCUACGUGGUGGUGACGGAGGGGUAUUUAACCAACCCGAGAAGCCUCUGGGAAGAUUACCCUCAUGUGUACCUCCCCUUCCAGGUGAAGUUUUUCUACCUGUGCCAGCUGGCCUACUGGCUGCACGCACUUCCUGAGCUCUACUUCCAGAAGGUACGGAAGGAGGAAGUUCCCCGCCAGCUCCAGUACAUUUGCCUGUACCUGGUCCACAUAGCCGGGGCAUACCUCCUCAACCUGAGCCGCCUGGGCCUCAUCCUGCUGCUGCUGCAGUACUCCACCGACCUCCUCUUCCACACGGCCCGGCUCUUCUACUUUGCCGACGAGAACAAUGAGAAGCUGUUCAGUGCCUGGGCCGUUGUCUUUGGGGUCACCCGCCUCUUCAUCCUCACCCUCGCCGUGCUGGCCAUUGGCUUUGGACUUGCUCGCAUGGAAAACCAAGCUUUUGACCCCGAGAAAGGGAACUUCAACACCUUACUUUGCAGGCUCUGCGUGCUGCUGCUGGUGUGUGCUGCCCAGGCCUGGCUCAUGUGGCGAUUCAUCCACUCCCAGCUCCGGCACUGGAGGGAAUACUGGAAUGAGCAGAGCGCCAAGCAGAGAAUCCAAGCUGCCCCUAGACCAUCAGCAAGGCUCAUCAAGAGGGAAUCUGGUUAUCAUGAAAAUGGAGUGGUGAAGGCAGAGAAUGGAACCUCCCCACGGACUAAGAAACUCAAGUCUCCUUAAAGCCAAAGUGCUGAGAACAGAAAUCCUCUCGGGGGUGCCCAGCAGGGCAGCAGGGGGGCCCCCCCGGCCUCGGUCACUGCCUCCCUUUCCUGUCGUGACGCUCCGUAUCAAACAGCAGGAACCUGUCUUUCAACGGGGCUUUUCCUCUUUUCUUUCUUCUUGCCUUUUUCUUAUUCUUCCAUAAACCAUUCUCAAUAAAACCAAAAAUCUUCCUUUUUCUCUCCCUCAAGCACUCACACCCUCACCUCUGUCCUGUGUUGGCUUUUCUGGAAGCCCAGGUUCUCCUGGUUACCUUUCUGCUGGCCUCCUUUGUUGUCUGUCACGGCUGCUGCUUUCUUUUUUUACUUCUUUUACCGUGUUGUGCAAUUUUUCCGUCUUGAUUUUUACCAUGAGAGAGAGCUGUGAUUGCAGUCCUGGCCACCCAGCCCCAGCAUCGGUCCCCAGGACCUGCCAAAGUCUGCAGGCCUCGUGUGAGGAGCAGGCCCCCCGGGGUCCCUGUGUGGAUGGGCAGGAAGAGGAGAGACCGCCUUCGUGAUCACAGUCUCCUAGGUGCUGAUUAACUGACAACAUGUAUGAUUCCAGUUCUGCAUGUACUGUCUUGAGGCCCAGCAGGGCUGCUGCUCCUUGAAAUGCCAAGGUGUUUGGCUUUGGGACUUGACGACUCGGUCCAGAAGGAGGGUGUUAAGUGUGUUGGGUCCAGUGACUCAAGACGGCUUGCCAGUGGUUGGUCCUGCGCUGGAAACCAGCCUGCCCUCGCUCUGCUGAGGAAGUGCCGGAGAUUGGACAGUUCUUCCCACUGUCUAGAGCGAGAGCAAGUGGCCUGAGCAUCAGGCUCUUCCAGAAAGUGAUGGUGGAGGUGACCCAGGACUUUCUGGAGCAGCCCCAGCUGCACCUGCUUUUCCGCUGUUCACCAGCAUUCACAACCAAAUCUGCCCACCAACAGGACUGGCCAGGCAUGGGCUGGUCUAAACCCCAGGCCCUGGCAGCCCUGUCAGGCCAUCCCUGCUGCCCGACUUCAUUUCUCUACCCGCAGGAACCCCAAGCCCCUGCCGGCCUCCCUUGUUGAGUGUUCUUUGGAAUUGUCACUGUUACCCGCUGAGCUUUGUCGAGCACACCGACAGCAACAGCGCUGUGGAUGGUGUGAACCAGGACGGGCCGCUUAGGUGAGCCGAGUGGCUGUACCGAGGCUUCCUGCCCUCUCGCGUGGUCUUUCCCUCCUCUCUCCCCAAAGAUAAGGCCCCGGCGGGGCCUGGUGAGGACUUGACAGAAGAGUUAGGCUUUCCAAGGUCCUGUUUAAGAACUGGACUCUGCUGCGGUGCUGAGGAGUGGUUCUUGGUGGGCACAGGAACAUCAGUGUCCUUUGAUGAGCUGGCCCUCUUUCUGACACCACAGUAGAAGCUGGGCCUUGGAUCAUCAUCCAGAAAGGGGGCGAUGGGUCUUUCCAUCAGGGCAGUGCCUGUUCUCCACACCACUUGCAUCAGAGAUCAAUUUUCAUUUUCUAGAGACUGAGGGAUUUGUUUUCUAACACCUUUGUAUCUGGAAUCACCUCUCUGUCAAAUGAUUAUGAAAAGGAGGAACUAUCCUUGGCUGCUGUUGGUUACUCUUAGGGAGUGUUUUUGAGAGUAGGCAUCUCUCCCAUGCUUCUCUGACACCCCCAGGGGCUGUGGAGCAGAACCUUGGUAAAAGCGUACCACGGGGGCGGCUGACGGCAGACUCGUCAGCCAGCAGCCUCCUGUACCUGCCCUGGCAGCCCAGGCACCAAAGGCUGUUCCCAGCCUGCAUCCUGGGCAGCGUGUCCCCACCCCACCCCCAGCAGCUGCCUCCCCAGGUAAGCCCCAUGAAACUGUGGACUCAAGCCUUCUACAGACACACACGCUGUGGGCGGGCCAGCUGCUGACAGCAGCCCCAGGCCUGCCCUCCAGCGGCCUCCCUGCUCCUGUGCGCAGCGUCCUAGGUGUUUGCUGCCACACAGACCAUGCGGCUUCGUGUCCUAAGUCUCCUGCCAGCUCCAGUGCUGUGUACAGUGUGCCUCAGAGGUGGUACCGCCAGGCUGGCAGCCGGGCCAACUUCGGCUGUCUCCUGAAGCACGGCUUGUUCAGUGAUGAGAGUAAGUCAAGGCUUUUCUGCUCUGUAAAAACCCUGGAGACAUGAGUAAGGCUAGCAUCUCACCGGCUGGGCUCAGGGAUGAUUUGAGGGGAGGGGGAUAGCAGGGUCGUUGUCGGGCACUGUGUCGCCCCACUGGCAUGCCUGGCACAGUUCUAGCAGAGAGGGCCAACUCUUUGGCGGGUUGGCUCAAACCGUGUUUCCAGGGGCCCAAAUAACUCAAUUCCACUUCACCCAGUGAGCUCAUUGGGCUGCUUUGCCCUGAUUUGGCCACUUGGGCUGUUUUCUUCAAUCUCAACACUUUUCUGGCCCCAGCUGUGCCGAGCCAUCUGUGAAGGCCCUGACAGACACCUCCGAGUUGGAGAGGCCAGCUCAGCCCCCCACCCCCACCCCGGGCCGGAGUACACAUGCGAAUCUACCUCAGCAACCGCUGCCCCUCAGCAUCUCUGACGGGCACCAGCGCGGGGCAGCCAAGCAGACAGCAGCGGCAGGAGAGGGACGGGGAGGAUCCUGUGCUGCAGAUCCCCUCCUGGGAGGCUCAGUGGUGGGAAGGUUAUUUUUACCAUCCAGGCUCUGAGAGCUGCACUAUUAAUAAGUUGCAUGUGUCCCUUCCGAAGGUGGGGACGGUUCUGGGGGAGGGGGUCCUGGCCAAGCUGGAGGAGACCUGCUUCUCCCAUUCCGGUCCGCGCCAGCCCUGUGUGUGUCUGGCCAUCAGACUGGAACUGUUGCUGAGAGAACCUUUUCCACUUCCGUCUGAAGGCAGACUUUACCAGCAUCUCAGAAACCGUAAUAGUCAUCUGUGCUCUGACCACGUCUGCUUCCCUCGACUGGAACCCCUCAGACCCUGGAAACCCCUGAAGCCUGGGCAGCCGGUUUGAGGGGUGUGUGCUGCUGGGUUUUCUUGGGGGACCUUCCUCCUCAGUAUCCUUUGACCUUUUUUCUAAGUGGUGAAUAAAAGGCAGGGGCAGAGAGCAUCCUGUCCCAAGAUUCCCGACAGGAAAGUAUUCCUCAGCUGCCUUUUUAAUUCAAUGUGGCUUCUUGACUGUACAGCUGGGGAAGCAUGGUUUGGAUUUAUUUCAUAGGCUUCAGCCUUCCGCCUUCCCAGGUGGUUUUUCCAAGGCCUUAGUGAGAGAAGGUGGUGGCGGGGGCAGGGGACUGGGGGCGGGGCGUGACCCGCUCCCUGCGCAAGGGCCUCAGCAUCACCCGUGAGCAGAUUUCCAUUCCCAGUCUUCACAGGCCUCUGCUUUAGUGGGGAGUGUGCUGAAGGCUUGUGAAGUCGGCACAGCUGAGCGGUCUUUGCUCCCUCUCCCGGCCUCCCGGGCUCCCAGCCCUGCUUGUCGGGAGGGAUGUCAGGUACCAAUGGGAGCUGGGCUGUUGUCAGGUCACUUGAAACAUCAGUAGAAUCUCUCUUUGGCCCUUGGUUGGCCCAGUGAGGAAGCCUUAACUAACUUCUCACUUUUUACCCCAGUUCUCCCGUGACUAUUAAUUCCUCCUCUCCAAAGGCUGAAAAAGACCACCUCCUUGGCCGCCUCACACCCCCCUGCCCCACUUGGCCUUUUCUUGGAGGUCUUCGAAAAGGGGGGGGGGACAAUGGGGCCUACUGGCUCUGUGUGGCCUCUCAUGCUCUGCAUCCUGUGUGAGUUUGUGUUGUAAGCAGAUCCUUGUUCUUUCUGUGUGAGAAGUGCCUUACCUGCUGUGUGGUCUCAGCUGUCACUCGUGUACAGCCAGCCCCCAGCUGCCAGGGGUCUAGGGCUGUUUGUCACGUGCAGCCAAGGGCACUGGGCCCGGUGUAGUUACAUGUAAAAGGGACACAGAUUGUAACAGUUUUGCCUCAUUUGUCUCAACUUCUCCCACACCCCCAGCAUUGCAUUAGGGUCUGUGGUGUGUCCCUUGUUUUGUUUCUGGCUUCUCCCUGGUGUCAGCAUUCAGGCCUGCCUGGGUGGCUGCAGCAGCCCGAGAAGGCCCAUUGCAGCGACCAUGCCUCAUACCCGUCAAGGGAAGCUCAGAGGGCCAGGGGCACUGAGCCCCGUUUGUGCCUCCAGCCCCCACAGUGAGGCCUGCGCUUCCAGCUCCCAUAGCCAAGAUACAAAAAGGUGCCCUUGCUAUGACCUUUCCUGCUCUAUCUAUUCAACCCAAAGUCUGUAUGACAGAGGUGUUUACUUUCCCAUCACAAGUGUUGGCUCACAGACACCUGUUGGACAGUGGGUCUGGGUUGGCCGUCGCAGAACUUCAAGCUCCUGAUUCAGUGUUACCUUGUGUUAGCAGCAGCCCCCAUCUCCCCUGCCCCCGGCCUGCCUGCCCUUCCCUCGCUCUCCGGGUUGUGCAAUAACCCUCCCAGCCAGUGGUCCUCCACAGGCCUUGCUGUCCCUUCCAACGCCCUGCCACUGGGAAGGGAAGGGAAGGGACCCACGGGAGGGGCAGUCAUCACCCCCUACAGAAGAAAUGUUCGCCACUUUCCCUUCGUUGCUGCCGUUCUUGUGAUACUGGGUAGGUUUCUGUGGCACUCUAGUAGAACAUUGUAGCGUUAUCUUAGAAGUCCAUAUAAUUUUUUUAAAAUUUAUUGAAAAGGAAAAAAAUAACUAUCCUCAUGAUGGGGCAUUAAUAAGAGGAAAGAGUCAGUGUGUGGGAAUGAGGUCUGUUGUGACACCUGAGGUAUCACCAUCCCUGCCUGAAAACAGUCUCGAGUUUCUCGUUCACGCGGAGAGGAAGGGCAGCCACGCGCGGGCAGCCCUCCGCCCCUGACAGGACCGCCUGUGAGGCUGCGUGCUGCCGUUUCCUGGGGCACAGAGUCAGGUGUUUGUGUGGUGAGACGAAGUCUCAUUUCAGUUCUUGUUUAAGGAACAUCUGAAGGACCAGCCGAGGCUGCUGGUGCCCUGAGCAACUCAUAAUGCAAAUGUGGAUAAAAAGUGUCUUUUUGUUUUUCUACUUAGCCUGUUCAUGUUAUGGACCAAAUUUCAACAAGGAACUCAAGGAAAAAUUGUACCUGCCGUAUUUAUGCUCAUGUAAAAGGGGUUUUUGUUUUGUUUUGUUUUGUUUUUGUGAGGGGGGCUUUUUACUUUCAGUGAACUUUUUUCAGAAUCCCUUUUCCACUGUUUCUGUCUGGUUUGAAAACAAAUUACAGUUUUGUAUGGAUUUUUUAAAUGUACAUUUUGAAGCAAAUGGUCAGCAAAUAUUUUUGAAAUAACUGAAUAAAAGGCAUAGAAUUAUCA